AUGCCUCCGCCGAGGCAAUCAACCCUUGGCAAGUUUCUCGGGACCAAAACUAAUGGCACCAAACCCAAGGCUCAAUCUACCUUGUCGUUCAAUGGGAACCCCACCCCAAGUCCUAAAACCUCGACCUCGGACGAGAAUGAGCCACCCACUACCAAUGGAAAUGACAGAUCAUCUGAUGUCGAGAUGAAGGACGACAGCAUCGGAGAGAGACAAGGCUCCUUGGAAAGGAGUUCUAAGCGAAAGAAUCAAAAAGAGAAAGAGAGUGAGACAGAAUCAGAUGAUGAACCAGUAGUCAAGCGUAGGCGCAAAACAUCCAGCUCAAGAAGCCCGAAGGGAAAGACAACUCCAAGGUCACCAAGAAAACCCAAGACUCCCAAAAGAAAGUCCCCCAGUCCCACCAGGGCUGUGCGUGAAGAAGAUACGCCUUCUGAUCAGGACAAGAACGAUAUGGACGUUGAUGAGGGGCUCUCAGCAAGCGAUGGUGAAAAACCCAAGAUUGACAAAAAACAAGUCGCCAAGGUACAGGCCACUAUCAAAUCUACCGGCAAGGACCCAUAUCCGGACUGGAAGCCAAAUGAGCCUGUUCCCUAUGCUGCAUUGUGCACGACUUUCUCCCUCAUCGAACUUACGACGAAACGUCUCCAGAUAACAGCUUACACUUCUGCUUUUCUUCAACAGGUUCUUCGCUUGACACCCGAAGACUUACUGCCAACGGUGCAACUAAUGUUGAACAAACUUGCCGCCGAUUAUGCCGGUAUUGAACUAGGCAUCGGCGAGUCACUGAUCAUGAAAGCCAUUGGUGAAAGUUCUGGUCGGUCAUUGUCUGUGAUCAAGGCGGAUCAUCAAAAAAUUGGAGAUCUAGGCCUAGUCGCCGCAAAGAGCAAAUCCAAGCAGGGACAAAUGUUCAAGCCAAAGCCAUUGACUGUUCGUGGAGUACAUCAGGGGUUGCUCGAUAUUGCGAAGAUGGAAGGUCAUGGCUCGCAAGAUCAAAAAGUACGAGCCAUCAAUAAACUGAUGGCUUCUGCAGAUGUUUCUUCUGCAACCAAGGUCAUCGACAUCAACAAAGACAAGGGCGGACCAUCUGAAGCAAAGUUCCUUGUCCGCUUUCUCGAAGGCAAGCUCCGACUUGGUCUUGCAGAGAAAACUGUCAUCAUUGCUCUCGCUCAAGCCGUGGUAACUCACGAAGCGGCGAAAGAGGGCAAAGUUCCAAGCACUGAUCAGCUCGCCAACGGGGAGGCUGCGCUGAAGACGGUCUACAGCGAAUUGCCCUCGUACGAGGUUAUCAUUCCUGCUAUGCUCGAACAUGGAAUCUUCAAAUUGCACGAGACCUGCAAGCUUCAGCCGGGUGUACCUCUCAAGCCUAUGUUAGCCAAGCCCACCAAGUCCAUCACAGAAGUUCUGGAUCGCUUCGAGGGGAAAGAUUUUACAUGCGAAUACAAGUAUGAUGGAGAACGGGCACAAAUACAUUACGUGGCACCAGAAUCGACUGGAGAAUUUCCUGCUGCAGAAGCCACUUUGGUCAAAGAUCCGAACUCGUUCAAAGGUCUAGCGUCCAUCUUUUCGAGAAAUUCAGAAGAUCUCUCCAAGAAAUACCCCGAUAUCCUAGAAAAGCUCAACACUUGGAUCAAACCAUCGACCAAGAGCUUUGUCUUGGAUUGCGAGACAGUGGCAUGGGAUCCUCAGAACAAGAAGGUUCUACCAUUCCAGCAAUUGAUGACCCGGAAACGGAAAGACGUCAAGACGUCGGAGGUGACAGUCAAGGUUUGUGUGUUCGCAUUCGAUAUGCUUUUCUAUAACGGCGAAGCCCUGGUGAAGAAGUCGCUCAGAGACCGGAGAACACUACUACACGAGGCUUUCGAGCCCGUCGAAGGCGAAUUUGCUUUCGCUCAGUAUGGCAACAGCAAAGACAUUGAGGAAAUCCAGAAACUAUUGGACGAAUCUGUCAAGGCAUCCUGUGAGGGUCUGAUGGUUAAGAUGCUGGAUACCGAUGACUCUGGGUAUGAGCCCAGUAAACGAUCACGAAAUUGGCUCAAGGUCAAGAAGGACUAUCUGUCAGGAAUUGGGGAUUCUCUCGACCUUGUCGUUCUUGGAGCAUAUCAUGGCAAGGGCAAACGGACAUCUUGGUAUGGGGCAUUCCUUCUCGCGGCGUACAAUCCAGAAACCCAGAACUUCGAGACCGUGUGCAACAUUGGCACAGGGUUCAGUGAAGCCGUCUUGGAAGAACUGCACAAAGAAUUAUCCGAAUUGGUUAUUGAGCGACCAAAGCCUUUUUACAACCACAGCUCGGUCAAGAACGAUCAGCCUGAUGUGUGGUUCGAAGCGCGUCAAGUGUGGGAAGUCAAGACUGCCGACCUCACUUUGAGUCCUCGAUACCGAGCAGCGAUCGACGAGAUGGGUGGCAAGAAUGGAAUCAGUCUGAGAUUCCCGCGUUUCAUCCAGAAGAGAACAGACAAGAAGCCUGAGGAGGCGACCACCACUGUGGCAGUGGCAGAGAUGUAUCGAAAACAAGAGGUGGUUGCAAAGGAAGGGGGAGGCAAAGGCGGAGUCGAUGAUGACUUUGAGUAUUAA